AUACUGUGGCUUUAAAAGGUCUGGGUGACUUCCUCCUGAUUAGUAAUACUUCUUCACACUCUCACUCAAGCGACUCCUUCACUUCACUUUUUCCCUGUCAUAUGGAAAUGGAGGACCAAAUGGAAGGUCAGAAGAGGACGGGGGUGAGCAAAGAGGCCUUAAUAUCUGAACGGACCGGGUCUUUGGGAUGCUGUGGGUGGUUUAUAGUCAUAUUAGUUGGAUUAUUCACAGUGUGCCUCUUCCCCAUCACCAUUUGGUUCUGUUUGAAGAUCGUUCAGGAGUAUGAGCGCGCAGUUAUCUUCAGACUGGGCCGCAUCACAGACAGGAAGGCAAAAGGACCAGGAAUUUUCUUCAUUUUGCCCUGCACUGAUUCGUUUAUUAAAGUUGAUCUGCGAACUGUUUCAUUUGACAUCCCUCCGCAAGAGAUUCUGACUAAGGACUCAGUGACAGUGAGCGUGGAUGGCGUGGUGUAUUUCCGUGUCAAUGACCCCAUUGCCUCUGUGGCUAAUGUGUCCAACGCUGACUUCGCCACCCGUCUGCUCGCCCAGACCACCCUCAGAAAUGUCUUGGGGACCAAGAACCUGGCCGAGGUCCUGUCUGACCGCGAGGGCAUCGCUCACAGCAUGCAGUCAAACCUGGAUGAAGCUACAGACAACUGGGGCAUCAAGGUCGAGCGUGUGGAGAUUAAAGAUGUGAAGCUGCCACAUCAGCUGCAGAGAGCCAUGGCUGCUGAGGCAGAGGCUGCACGAGAGGCCAGGGCCAAGGUGAUAGCUGCUGAAGGUGAGAUGAAUGCAUCCCGCGCCCUGAAGGAGGCAUCCCUGGUCAUCGCCGAGUCUCCGUCAGCUCUGCAGCUCCGUUACCUGCAGACGCUCAACACCAUCGCCGCAGAGAAGAACUCCACCAUCAUCUUCCCCCUACCCAUGGAUCUCAUUUCACCCUUCAUCCGCAAGUGACUGAAGUAGUUGCCUACUUGGUAGUUUUCUCUUCAGCUGAUAUUGUGCAGUUCUUGAAUGGACAAUAUUUUACAGAGGAUUUGUUGAUAUAGUCAAGAUAAACGUAGUCAAUGCCUUUUUGCUGAGACCGUAUGUAUACUUCUUACUGGAACCAUUGCAUUUUCUGACACAUUUCUAAUUUAAAAUGCUCAUUCUUACUGUUGCAACAUCAGUGUUUAACCUUUAUCAAUCUCAUGGAACUAUAAAGAAAUACCAUCAUGUCACAAUGUUA